CACACAAAUCCAGUGUUUCUCCUCUCUCAGCUCGUGCAGCUCCACCCACCUGCAGAUAAAAGCCAAACCCUCACUAGAGCUGCUGUUCAGCGUCUUUCUCAAACCCCUCAAAGCUCUGUGAUAUUCCCAUCCUGCAGCAGCAGCACACGGACAAAGGGCCCAGCAGGACUGCAGCACACACCUGGCUGGACUGCGUACAUGACCACCGUCCCACCCAUGACUUAAAAAGACACAUAAAAGCAGCAUAAACGAAGAAGGGGCAGGCCAGAGGGAGCAACGACCUUCAGCCUGACAGAAGGAACAAUCUGAAAGAAAUGGUGUCCGUAGCCCUCCGUUCUUUCAGUCUCCUCAUCGCAGUGUUCCAGCUGUCUUUAUUACACCUCACUCACGGUGGGGCGUAUUAUGGACAUAAACAGCCGCCUCAACAACACCAGCCCUUGCCACAGUACAAUGACGGGUAUCCUCAACAGCAGUUUGUGGGGAACGAGAUGCCACACCUGCCUUAUGGCAAGGAAGUCCCAUUACUGCCUCAAUAUGGGAAAGAGCUUUCACAGCUGCCUUUGCAAAUGAGCAAAGCAAGGCCACUGACUGACACCAAAGGACAAACAUUCCCCAGAGGGGCUAAAGGACCGCCUCCCCCUGGGCCCAGUGGAGAAAUUAUCAGAGAGGCAUCACAAGGAGUUCAGGGCCUCCCAGGACCACCAGGACCUCCAGGGCCACAGGGGCCCUCUGGGCUACCAGGCCAGGGAUUGCCAGGGUUGCCAGGAAAACAAGGGCCACCUGGUCCUCAAGGCUACCCAGGAAUAGGAAAACCCGGGAUCCCAGGAUUGCCAGGAAAACCCGGAGGACACGGAUUACCAGGAGCAAAAGGCGACUUCGGUCCUGGUGGCGGUGAGGGACCAACUGGACUCCCUGGGCCUCCGGGACUCCCGGGUCCCCCAGGACUCCCGGGGAUUGCAAAAUCUGGAGGUCAGGGGCUGCCUGGACAGCCGGGUCAUCGAGGGGAGCCUGGACAAAAAGGUCCACAUGGGCUUCCAGGUCCCCCAGGCCCCAAGGGAGACAAAGGACUUGGUAUUCCCGGUUUGCCAGGUUUAAAAGGACCCAUCGGACCACCAGGUCCACCCGGGCAAGCAGGUCUCCCUGGGGUCAGUAAACCCGGCCUAAACGGUCUCCCCGGACAGCUGGGAAUACCGGGAAAGCCCGGACCUCUCGGAGAGCCGGGACCAGCAGGGCCACCUGGUGAAAAAGGCCAACCAGGACCACCAGGCUUGCCUGGAAUUGGAAAGCCAGGAAAAGAUGGUUUCAGGGGGCAACCGGGGCUUUCAGGAGGGAAAGGGGAACCAGGCCCUCCUGGUUUACCAGGGGGUCCAGGCUUGCCAGGCUAUGGAAAACCAGGGUUUCCAGGACCAAAGGGUCACAAAGGACACGCUGGUCUCCCAGGACCUCCAGGCCUAAAAGGCGACAAAGGUCACGGAGGACUUCCUGGGGUCAUCGGUCUCACUGGACCUAGUGGCAUUCCAGGCCCACCCGGGCCAAUUGGGCUUCCUGGUAAUGUUGGGUUUCCGGGGCAAAAGGGAGAGGAUGGUAUUAUGGGACCCAAAGGAUACCCAGGAAAGAAGGGCGAUACGGGGCCUCCAGGUCUUCCGGGACAGCCAGGGUUAUCGGGAGUAGAUGGGCAACCAGGACCACGAGGUUUUCCAGGGCCUGUUGGCCCCAAAGGAGAACCUGGGAUGAGGGGUUUACCUGGUGCCCCUGGUAGCGUAGGACUAACUGGACCAAGAGGAGAGGGGGGACAACCUGGAGAGAGAGGUCACCAGGGACCACACGGUAUUCCAGGGCUCACAGGACCAGGGGGACCAAUUGGACCUCCAGGGCUGCCAGGGCAAAAAGGCGAAACAGGCCUGCCUGGCAAACCUGGCUAUCCCGGCGAGGGAAAACCAGGUCUCCCUGGUCAUAUUGGUCCUCAAGGUAAUCCUGGCCCAAGUGGCCCUGCUGGACUUCCAGGGCAGCCUGGACCGCCUGGACCACCCGGACCUCCUGGAUUACCUGCUAUAUCUCCCGAGCUCGGACAGAUUCUCCCCGUGAGUGGCCCAUAUAAUGGCCAAAAACAAGUAUACAAGAAGCCAAAGAACGGAGGGGACAUUGGCGGAAAUGCUCCGGAGAUGCCUGCGUUCACAGCUAAGCUCACAAACCCAUUCCCUCCUGUUGGCUCUCCCAUCAUCUUUGAUAAACUCCUUCACAACGGCAACCAGGACUACAAUCCUCAAAGUGGUAUUUUCACCUGUAGCUUACCAGGGAUCUACUACUUUGCCUAUCACGUCCACUGCAAAGGAGGUAACGUGUGGGUGGCACUGAUGAAAAACAACGAGCCAGUAAUGUACACGUACGAUGAAUACAAAAAGGGCUUGCUGGAUCAGGCAUCGGGGAGCGCCGUACUCCCAUUACGGAAAGGAGACACCGUCCAUCUACAGCUGCCAUCUGACCAGGCUGCAGGACUUUAUGCCGGUCAAUAUGUCCACUCCACAUUUUCUGGGUACUUACUGUACCCGAUGUAAGGAAUGUGUAGAAAUAAAAGUGGUAGUCAUGACAUAUUGAUGGUCAAUUUUCCCAAAUUUAUGGCAAAACUACUGUGGUCUCCAAGGUACAGUGUAGGUCUGGUGAAAUGGUUUACAGCGAGCGGUGGCAGAAGAAUCUUUUUUUAUAGAUAUAGUAGCAACAUACGUCAUUGGAUAUUCAGUCAGUGGAGCCUCAGUCAUUGGCAAUGAAAUGUAGGAAGUUUCAUGUGAGGGCUCAGAGUAGUGGAGAGUAGAGAUUUUCUUUAAAGUAGUACUGCCAAAUAUCUCAGUUGUCAUAUGUCUUAUACGUUUACAUUGUGCAUUUACUCUUAUAUCCAUCCGCACACAAUCUAUCAUGACAUGGCUGGAAUAAUUCAUGGAACAAUGAGGCUUAAUGUUGCUGAAUCGUAUUUACUUUUCAUUCAUUUUUUGCUUUACAGUUAUAUACUGUAUACUUGGCACAUAAGAUUGUAUUCUUUUCAUUGUACAAUGCAUUUACUCGCAGCUAUCGGUCCAUAAUGUUGGAUCAUGUAUUUGGGGUCAUCAUGCAGUUAUUAAGUUAUUGUUUGUCUUUCUACAUUACUUUUGAAAAUGCAGCAUUUUUAUACAUUUUUUUAUAUAUUCAGCUGACAGUUUUCAAAGUAUUUGGGUGAAUCCCAUUUCAUACCAUAUCUCAGUCCAGAACAGAACCAAAAGUACGGCCUUCCUCACAGUUUCGCAGUGGAGCUCUAAUUGGUGGUGACCAUUUGAUGUCAAGAUUUGUCUUGUUUUGUUUGUAAUAAGUAUGAAUUCUUUUAAAGGUUUUCGACGGUUUGUCAGCAUUGUCUGUAAUUUAUUUGUUUGACUACUGAUUACUCGGGAUUGUGUUAAUGUGUGUGUGUUGACAGUAAAUGACAGAAUUCACUUCAAAAUGCAGAAAACAACAUACACCGAGAGUCAAAAAAUAUGUUCAUGCUCAUACCCAUUGAUCCCACCGCGUCUCAAGUUUUUAUUAUUUUUACUAUAAUUGUUUUGUACUUAAUGUCUUCAAACUGUGGAUGUGCAAUUUAGUUUUUUCUCCUCCUUUUUUUUUUACAUUGCUUUACUUUGGACCAUGGCGCACAGCAUUAAAUGGGAAACUGUGCCUGUAGUAUGUGAAUUUUGAUAAUUAUUGCUUUGAAUGUUUGGAUAAUGACUGAUUAAAAAAUUAAAGAUUUUUGCCUUGA